AAUUCCCGACACAAUACGUUAAUAUUAGGCACAGCCGGUCAUAUUCAUUUUCGGCCAUUUUUAGGCUAUGGUGUGAGCGUCGUAUGUUCAUCUAGCAUUGCUUUAUCUUUUCUGCACAGCCUAGUAUCGAGUCGGCCACGCGCAAAGCCCUGACUGGUGGAUCUCACUCAACAAAUCACUCCCGCAUGAAUCGAGAAUUGAAGAACGUUUUUCCAGCUCCACAUCUUCUAAUAAAAGACCUAGGCCUCCCGCGUAGUACAAGCUUGUCUCGGUCACAAGCCAUUACUACUGUCCCUACAGUUUACCGUCCGUGAAUCAUGAAUCAUGGUUGGAAGAACCAUCUUCUCAGGGUGAAAAGCGCGAGCGAGGAGAUGAUGGCAACGGUGCGGUUUGGAACGAAGGAACUUCACCGACAUCGAUAAUCUGUCAACGUAACCAUCACCGGUUUGCUGCCCUGGGGCCUGGCGGAGGAGUAUAUGACGUAUCCUUUUUUUCUCCUUUUCUGAUUACAGAAAGACUGCAUACGUAUAUCUGAUAACCGCUUUUCCUUCGCCGUAGGACUUAAUGACAACGUAUAACUAUACUAGCCUAGGCUAUGAUUCAUACUUCUACUCGGAGAGCAGCUGACCAGCUCCUACAGCAAACCAUAUGCGAUGCUAUUCUCAGAAGGGUAUGCUUAUUUGAAGUAUUGGUUAGCAGGGUUACACAGCUAUGGUUAUAUAAAUGCCCACCACCCAUCAACAUGCCCGCUUUUUCCUCUUCAACCAUCAAGCGAUAAAGAAACAUUACAUCUAUCAAGAUGAAGUUCAUCACAAGCCUCUUUGCCGUUCUUGCCAUUCUCUCAAGUGUCUCUGCUUCUCCUACCAUGAAGAAACGUGCGACCGUCGAAACUAUCAACAACUGUAAUCAGCAGGGCACUGUUGCUCUGACCUUUGACGAUGGCCCUUACAAUUACGAAGCCCAAGUUGCUUCUGCCCUUGACGGGGGUAAGGGUACUUUUUUCCUCAACGGCGCGAAUUAUGUCUGCAUCUACGACAAGGCCGAUGAAAUCAGAGCUUUGUAUGAUGGGGGCCACACUCUUGGUUCUCACACUUGGUCUCACGCCGACCUUACCCAGUUAGAUGAAUCCGGGAUCAACGAGGAACUCUCCAAGGUCGAAGAUGCCUUUGUCAAGAUCCUUGGUGUCAAGCCUCGAUACUUCCGACCCCCUUACGGUAACAUCAACGACAACGUCUUGAACGUCCUCAGUGAAAGGGGUUACACGAAGGUGUUUUUGUGGUCUGAUGACACUGGGGAUGCCAACGGCGAGUCGGUCAGUUACUCCGAGGGGGUAUUGGACAACGUUAUCCAGGAUUAUCCUAACCCUCAUCUUGUCCUUGAUCACUCUACCAUCGAGACGACCUCCUCCGAGGUUCUCCCUUACGCUGUACCCAAGCUCCAGAGUGCUGGCUACCAACUGGUCACUGUCGGUGAAUGUCUCGGCACCGACGAAUCUCCUUACGAAUGGGUUGAUUGCCCUGGAGAGAGGGAUAGCUCUUGGCAAUGCUAAGUGUUGAUUUUUCUCUUUUUAACCAAAAGAGGUUGAGAUGCACUUUGGGCAUGUGGGACUUAUAAUGAAGGGGUGAUGAUUGCAUUGAUUUAGAAUCAUAUCACCUGUGGAGUGUCAAAUAAUUGACUCGGGAUAGUGGGAAAUUAUAAUAGUGGGAGCCUGAUGUAGCACUAACAGGUUUGUAUGGAUUCUAAAAUGUGAAG